UCCCGCGCGAGCUGCCGCGGGGAAGGAAGGCCCGCGGGACGCGGGACAUUGGAUGUAAGGGGUGGCCCUGGUUGCACGAUAUUGCGUGUCGGUUGCCUGUUUGAGGUCGGGAUUCCUGGUUGCGGUGUGUGGUGCCUUGGGGUUUGUGGUACCUGCACGGCAGCGAUAUGAUACAAGUAGAACUUGCUCCCUCAGCAAAAGCAGAGUUGGAUGGAACUUAAUGGAAGAGGUGGGGGGGUAUAAAGAGAGGCUUGGAGGGCACGAGAACUCGUCUUUUCCAGCAAACAGAGCAAGCACUAGCAGUUCUAUUCCACUAUUCACAGCUCUGCCAACGUUGCACUUUAUUCAAAAGACACCAAACAAUAUCAAUUGGAUAUGUCUGCCAUUAGAAGAGUCAUUCUCGUCGGGGUUAGCAUCUCCCCUCCCUAUUUUCGCCCCGAGCUAACAAUCUCCAGGCAACCGGAAAUCUCGGCCCUUCAAUCUUAAAAGCCCUCCAGGCAUCCUCCGCAUUGGAGACUACAAUCCUCACCCGCGAAAACUCCAAAACAGCUCAAUCCCCCCCCCCCAAUACCAAGGUACUCACAGCAGACUACACUUCCGUCUCCUCCCUUGCGGCAGCGUUCGCCGGCCAAGACGCAGUCGUCUCGACAAUUGCCGGUGCCGCGCUCGGAGACCAGCAGGCCCUCAUUGACGCCGCUAUUCAAGCUGGUGUAAAGAGGUUCAUCCCCAGUGAAUUCGGCAGCAACGUUAACAACGACAAGACCGCGAAGUUGGCUGUUUUCGGAGGGAAGAUUGCGACUGUAGAUUACUUGAAGAAGAAGGAAGGAGAGAUUACCUGGAGUUCUCUGGUCAAUGGGCCGUUUUUCGAUUGGGGUUUGUUCCUCCCCAUCCCAUGAUCCUUUGUCUUCCACACCAGAUGCUAACAGAUAGUGUAGGACUCAAGGUCGGUUUCCUAGGAAUCGACAUCCCCAACAAAAGGGCCACACUUCUCGACGGCGGAAACACCCCCUUCGGCACUACCAACCUCUCAGACAUUGGGCAAUCUGUCGUCGGCAUCCUUGCACAUCCCGAGGAGACGAAGAACCGCUACGUGUUUGUCCAAUCCGCCGUGACCACUCAAAACAAGCUCCUCGCUGCGGCCGAGAAGGCAGCCGGCGAGAAGUUUGCAGUCGAGCAACAGAAUACUGAAGAUCUCGAGAGAGAGGGCAACGAGAAGAUUGCCAAGGGGGACCUUUCUGGCUUUGUCGACUUGAUCAAGAGGGGUAUUUGGGCAGAGGGGUACGGCGGUGAUUACUCUGAAAAGUUGGAUAAUGAGAUUUUAGGCGUCAAGGUACUGGACGACGCCGGUGUUGAGGCGGUCGUAAAGGGGGUUGUUGGGUAGUUUUUUAAGGGCUUGAAAAAGAAGAAUGCCUAUCAUAGCUCAAUUCAAUUAGUUUAUUUGUUCAUUCUGGUCAUUGGGAUUGGUCGUGUGAUUCUGGCGGGCUCGGCGAAGGACCGAACUGGAGACUCGAGUUCGAAGCUUUCGCUUACAGUCCAGUCUUGCCCAACCCGAGUAUAGUACCGCUAGGCCCUUCCUAGUCCAGAAAAAAAGGAAAUAAGAAGCAUACCAUGAUCUCUCCCGAUCAGAUGUCAUUUACCAACUUGCAGACGCCGGGAUUCUCCCCAAUUUCUCUCAAACUCGACCGAGAGAAUUUAGAAAUACAAAGACUAUCAUAGGGCUAAUAUACGGGUAAAUUUUGAUGGCGUAAGAUUUGCAUCACAUGACGCCAAUCAUCACGCAUCGUCCAUUUCAAAAACCCCAAAUUAACCCCAUUAACCUCUCGGACUUUUCCCCCCUCGGCCAAUCCGCAACUCCGAAGCUCCACCUCCAGGCUCCAGAUCAAACAUCAAGCCAGUACCUAUUUCUCUCUCUCCAGACGUCCAACCUAAACACCCAUAUCUGCGCCAUAUUUGACCGCCUACACGUAGCCGACAAGUACUCAUACUGAUCCUGCGUCAUGCGCGUAAGCAUGCCGGGUGCGUAAAACUCCUCCAUCCCUGGAACCUCCGCGAAUCCACGAUCUUCCAUGACAACCCACGACAGCUUCGCGCAAUGCUUAGCAAGCAUGGUCAACAGCUCCCGCGUUGGAAACGCGGUGCCGAGCCCAUCCUGAACGCAAAUAUGCAACCAGGCCAACUCCUGCAGGUUUGCUAUCAGCUUGAUGAUUUCCGGGUUUUGGAACGGUUGAUGUAGGGUUGAUUGAACCGUCAGACUUCGUAAUCUCCCGCGUGAGCACAAGGUUGCCAGCGUUCGGACAUCGCCGUGCUCGAGGAAGACCUCUUCCAGGUCGACAUUCGCGCGCACGACUGCUUCACGGAUACGCACGGACGCGACCGAUUCCUCGAGAUGAACAACGUGCCUCCUGUGCGGCGGAUUGCGUGCGAUGGCGAGUGCCUUUAGAUCGCGGAAGCACACUGAGAAGUCGGUGGAUGUGUCAUCAUCUUCUGGUGGGGGUGGUGAUUGUGCUCCUCCCGGUACUAUUGAGUCGCAGUCGUACCAGAUUUCCAGAUUUUCCAAGCCCCGGAGUGCGUGCUUCCCCAGGGACCUCCACCAGUGUGGAUGCGCGGUCCGCGAGUGGCGGAUGCAGAGCCUUUGGACACCCGAUGGAGCCCAAGCGAAGGUGAAGAGGUCUGCUGUGUACUCUACCGAUUUUAGUUUUUCGAAUCGGAAGUUGGAAAAGAAGUGCUCAUCGUCGAAUACUCCCGGGGCAACGUGGAAGUAUGCGCCUGAGUAGUGAUCCCAGAUGGUGUUCGGAGGGAAGCCAGAUCCGGGCCCCGUGGCGAGGAGUGCGAGGUGUUCAAGGUUCGCUCCUAACGCAGGUAGAACGUAUCGUCUGAAGGUUUCCAGCAUCGCCGGACGCCGAUAGAUUGACGUCUUCAACGACGUGACGCAUUGCGGUGGCGAGUGAGCCGUGAAUAACGCGUGCACGAGCGCGAAAUGAGUUGUUGAUAUCUUCACCUGAACAAGUGGGUGCAUCGCCGCGUAUGCCCCAAUGAUGCGACAAAAGUCCUGAGCCUUCUGCACCGCCUUCAGUUCAUUCCCCGUGGGGUCCCGUUCAAAAUUCGGCGCUAGAAGGGAAUAUCCCAUCAGCACAUCUUCUCCCCCUUUAUCGACAUGUCACUGACUUGCGGGGAAGAGCCCACCCCGGUCAUAAACAAUUGUAAUAUACUUCAACCCCUGGAUCCUCUCUUUCAGCAACUCUUCAAAAACCGCAACAAAACCCCCGUUAUGUAAUUCCCGCCAAUGGCGCAACUCCUCACCGCCCGCCGCGGAUGCCGGGUACUCCCCGCCAGAAGCAAAGCAAGCACCAAGCACACAACUCCUCAACUCCAAACUCCGAACAAGGGCAAAAGUCUCAUCCCGGAUAAACCCCUUCCGCGCCGCGGAAUAAAACGCUAGAACCCCACCCUCAUCCAUGUGCCGCUUCACAUACAGGGCCCCGUCUCGGGCCAGCGGGGGGCAGAUGUAUGGCGGUGAGGUUGGCACCGGAAACGCGCGCUCUUGGAAGAGCUGAGGCGUUGGGGGGCCGAAUUGGAGGUGUGACCAGAGCACCGGUGUUGUCCGCCCGUGUAGGUCCUUGCAUGUGCGUGAGAGGGCGGCAAGGGAUGCAUUGGAGAGUUGCGAGGUGAUUUCGAGGUGGAGUUCUAUGGGGAGGUGUUGGAAGGACAUUUUGGCCGGUAGGUAGGGUAGAUGUUAGAUGUAAUGUGUCGAUCUAGCUUUUUGGUUAUAUAUGAAUUUUCGGUAAAAAUUUAACUGGUGGUGGUAGCUCAUAGUUCACUUGGCCUAGCCCACUCUUUGCUUCCG